UUCUCGCAUUUUUUGCUUUCGUUCUCUCUCUCUCUCUCUCUCUCUUCGUCGCUAUUCUCUUCUCUCUCUCUCUUUCUUUCAAUCUCUUUGAUUUUUAUUUUUUUUUAAUUUUUGUUAAAUCUUCAAAAAUUGCCAGAUUCCGGCCACACCUUUUCUCCGGUCCCCCUCCUGUCACAUCGUCGGCGCCAUAGCGUGCCCCAUCCGUUUGGUGUGAAUUUACUAUUUUACCCUUUUAUUUUUUUUUCUUCCUAUUUUGCCCUCGUAGUUUUUCAGCCGAAGAUAAGAUAAUUACCGUUGUUUUUUUGGAAAGAAAAAAAAGUAUUUGUGUAGAGUUUGGUUUUGGAGGGUGGUUUAGUAGUGACGUGGCAUGCGGACAGAGAGCCAUGAAUACCAAAACGAUGCGUCUCCCCCCUCGUCGCGUCUUGACACCUAGUGCCACUACCAAUAAGCGCAAAGAGAGAGAUGACCCGUUUGACAGGCCCAAGCCCAUACCCGCUCCACCCAAACUACUGAAGCCGGAUAGGCCCGGCUCCGAGCCCAUCUCGGCCAACAACAACAACAGCAAGUCCAAGGCCGGCUUGGACUGGAAGCCCUCCAAUCAACUGCUAGCGGGCUACCUGGCCCACGAGUUCCUCACUCGGGGGACCCUACUGGGGCAGCCGUGGGCCCCACCGAAGGGGAAGUCAUCGGAGGAGAGCGGCGGCGAGGAAGGCGAGGCGGCGGCGACACCCUGCCGGAAAAGCGAAGAGGAGCGGGAAAGGUACGCCGAAGUGGCGGGCUUGUUGAAGGGUGGUGGGACCCAGCUACCCGGCGUGGUUAACCCCACCCAACUCGCCCGUUUCUUGCACUUGUGAUCUAACACAACUGGGAGAGACUCCUUUGGGGACACGUGGGACCCUCCCAUUCGCUGUGAAAUUUCUCCCCCUUUUAUCUUUUUUUUUUUUUUCCUUUCUUAAUUUUGAGACACAAGCAAAAUUUUCUGAUGCAUGCAACUUGUAUGUAUGUAUGUCAUCCCUCUUCAUGUAUCCAUUCUCAUGCCAAAUACAUGCUUUUCCUUUCAACAUUUUUCAUUCCUUUGUGGUUUUUUUAUGCUCUCUUUUCUGAACAAAUCUACAUGUUUAUCUAAUUCCUUGCCUUUUGCUUGUU